AAGGUUAUCAACAGAACUGCUAAAUCAAUAAAACUAGGCCUAUAUGUAAAUCUAAAAUGCAAAUAAGUCCCCGAUUCCGAACCAGCAACAUUUAUCGAAAGGUGUCGCUUUAACCGUAGUCGCAGAGGGAGCACGUGACGGAGCACACGCUUCCAAUCAAACGUUGGCUUCCAUGUUUUUAUGGGUGGAGAAAAGCGAGAGAAAAAUAUGUGAAAAAUGGCUACAGGGCAGUCUGAAUCCGAACAGCCAUUAGAUAAUAAAAUCAUUAACGGUACGCUCGCUGGAAAUAAACCUGAAUCUGCUACAGUAACCGAUGGUGACGCGGAGGUGUGUGCACAAGGCAGCGACGUAAAGGGAACGACAGACCCUGCUGUGCCGUCUUCACCAGCUAACCUUAGUGAAAAUCCCUCUCCACAUGGCGUUGCUCUUUCACCACGCAACAAAGACCCGUCAGGAAUGUCAUGUCAUUGUAAAACUACGGAAGACGAGCAAAACACGGAUGUGCUGCUUCAAAAUAAUAACGGUGAUCUGGUUUCAGUCGAGCCCGGAGCGGACUGCGAUGUGAUAUCGGAUCGUUUGCACAAUGAAAACAUCGGGCAAGAAACCGACAAAGAAGAAACAGAGGACAAAACUACAGAAAAUGUCAGCAAAGAGUCGAAGCAUGCCACCAAGGAAGAACACCCACCAAAACAAGAUGAAGAGUCGACAAAUAUAAGUGAAGUAUCAAAGUCUCAUGGCGAGGCAAUGCAAAGCACAGAAGAGAAGAUGGAAGAAACAGGAGAUCCCAAAAGCAUGGAAAAGGUUAAGGAAAACACAGAAGAGAAGGAAGGAGAAGAUGAAUCUAAGAGUGAUGGGAAAGGUAUAGUUGUCAAGCGAAGGAAAAGCCGACUGGAAUGCAACGAAUGUGGUAAAAAGUUCACUCGCAGGGAAACAUACAACCUGCAUCGACACUUUCACAUGCACCAAGAUGAGCAGGCUUCCCUUGUUUGUAAAGAAUGUGGCAUUACUUUUCAGCAUCGAAGUGACCUCAUCAAACACCGCAGUAUUCAUAAAGAAAACAGCCAACCAAGCUUGUCGCAUUCAAAACGCUCUGAGAGGAAAUACAAGGAACGGAGGAAAUUUCAAUGUGAGCAUUGUGGUAUGUGUUUCUCGACAAUGAUGCGAUUAAGGCUUCAUGUUUGUGAACAGAAUGUGGAAAAGCCUUUUCGCUGCCCUCUGUGCCGCAAAGAGUUCCAAUACAGGGUGUCCAUUAAUGCCCACAUGCAGAGUCACUCUUUAGACAGUCCUUAUCGGUGCCUUGAGUGCAACAAAGGCUUUCAGAGUUUAGUGACGCUGCAUAUACACCAACGAUCCCACGCUGCACUGAAGCCGUAUGAGUGUCCAGAUUGUAGUAUGGUCUUCAGGCAUCGCUAUGUCAUGGAGGACCAUCGACGCAGGCACACGGAGGAAAGAGCCCACCUGUGCAAAAUCUGUGGGAAGAACUUCAAAUACAGCAGCCUUUUGCAGCAGCACCAGUAUCUCCACACCGGCCAAAAGCCUUACCACUGUUCAUACUGUGGAAAAACGUUCGCUUUUGCACAAAAUAUGCGAGCACAUUAUCGGCAACACAAAAUGAUCUCAGCUAGGUCUGAGGCAUGUAUUACAAACCAUAACGUAUCUCUUGUGGGGCAUGUAGGUAAAGAGAAUGCGACUGUUGAGCAGCAGCGCAACUGUCCUCUGUGCCCUCAAAUUUUUUAUAAAGCAUCUGAUUUAAGAGCGCACAUGUUAAUCCAUGAAGCAGAGUAUGAAAGGAUGAGUAAUGGCAAAAGAUUUGAUAAGGUCUAUGCAUGCCAGUAUUGUCCUCUUAAAUUCCAGUCAGAAUCCAUCCUGCAAUCCCAUUCACAAACACAUAUGACUAACAUUUUGGGUUUAAACACAACACAUAUCACAAAUCAGAUUAAAGCGGUACUCGAAAAGCAGGAUGAUGUUGGUAUGGAUGAGGCAGAUAUUGACAGUAUGUCAGGAGUAGGGGGAUUAGAGGACCAGACAGAGAAGAAACCGUUCAAAUGUCGAGAUUGUGGAAAGUGCUUUCGCUACCGAUCAGUGUUAGAGCUUCACAUGCGCAUACACAACAAGGGUUACCAGUGUCAAGUAUGUAAAAAAUCCUUUAGAUUUAGUAGCUAUUUGCAGCAGCAUUCAAUUAUCCACACUGGGAAGAAGCCAUACAAGUGCCCGGACUGUGGUAAGGAUUUUGCGUUUCAUCACAACAUGAAAACACACCAGCGACUGCAUCAACAAAAGCCGUUUCGCUGCACGCAGUGCCGUAAGGGCUACAGCGAUGAGAGUCAGCUUCAGCGGCACAUGCUUUCCCAUACAGGUGAGAAACCUUACAAGUGUCAUCUGUGUGACAAGAGCUUUGCUUUGGCCUACUUGCUCCGAGACCAUCUAAACACUCAUACGGGGGAGAGACCUCACCGUUGCCAGGAGUGCCAUAAGUCGUUCCCUUGGCUUAGUAGUCUGCUCGUGCAUCAAAAGAUUCAUGUGCGUAAACAGCAAGGCCAGAGUCACAGUUAUCCACUGUCCAUACAUUCUCAAAGAGGUAGAGUAAGUACCGGCAGGAGAGGUAGGCCAAGGUUAGAUCGAGACAACGGAAGGACGGCACCUCUACCUGGUAGAAUCAUGUCAGAAACACUGUUGCCAAAUGUGGUUCCAUACCAUUCCAGUAGCUUCGAUGCAAAUAGACAUGAACGCAUGCAGCUUAGAUCGCAGCACUUGCAGGCUAGAAAUCAUUCCCAGCAGGUACAUUUGCAGCAAGAAUGGCCGUUACAAAUGCCACCUUCAUCAGAAGAGCUGCUGCACUCUCAAACACCCAUGAAUUUAUUGGAAGCCCAGCCAAGCAAUGCAGUGCAGAUGCAGUGGCCAGGAAGUCAUCUUAAGACGAUCUUGCCUAAAUGUGAUGGUCUCCCAGAGCUCGUGCACCAGCAGCAACCUUCUCAAGCAAAUGUACCAAUGUCAGCACAACCUAAUCAUUACUCGGAGAUAAACGUAUCUGAAACGGAGCAAAAAGGCAAACAUUCACAGCACCAAGUGGACAGGCCUUCACCUCUGGAUGUAAAAAGGCAAUCACCGAGAUCCAUUCAAGACUCGCAGCAAUCGCAGUGGCCAGUACUCUGUGAUUCAGUGCAAACAGCUAAACCAGGGCUGUUCAAUAAUUCGUCAGAAGAUGGCAAUGUAGCUGUUGACUUAGAAGCACCAACCAACAGUGAAUCUGAUAAACUCACUCAUGAUUUGCAAAUGCCAAAUUCCUCAGGUCUGGCUAAAACAGAAAUGGGUCAGACUGGUGGUAUAGUGCUACCCGCUGGUGCUUCUGGUCUACCGAAUACCCCUCCAUGGAGUAUGAAAACAUCUUUAGAAAUGUCUACAUCUGUGGGCUUACAAGAAAUACCUGGAGAUUCAUUAGAGAAGCAGCAAAACAGACUAAUCCAGCACUUGCCUCAGCACAUGCAGGUUCCACAGCAGCUUAUUCAACAACAGCUUCAUCAGACACAGCUCCAGCAUCAGGCUCAAAUACCUACUACUUGGGUUAGUGCAACUCCUCCAAACCAGAUGGGACCAGUGAACAUGCCGUAUGCACCAGCUCAUUUUCCUCUUGGGGACAGACCUCCAAUGUGGGGGUUUCAUGCUGCUCCAAUUGUUUCCCAGACCUUUCUAAACGGACCAGUUCAACAAGGCCACAUCCGGGCACAACAGCACAUAGCUCUAAUUUCUGGCCAACAGAUUUCUCUAAAUCAGCCUUCAUCUUUUAUCUCACCACCUUUUCCUCCACCUCCACCAGCUCUGAAUAUACCUGCUCCGCAUCCAAUGCAUUCUGUUGGAAGACAAGUUCCAGGUCCGUUACCACAAGGGAUCUUCUUCACCUCACAGGGCACCAUAAAUGAGAUGCCAAUCAUGCCACAAGUAACAAACUUACCUCAGUUAGCCCAACAAACUGAGCCACACAAAAUGGGCAAUAAAAUGCCUUUUGCCCUAGAUCACCUGUUCCAGUGCAUGAUAUGUGGUGGUUCUUUGCCUGGAGAACUAGAAUUACAGAUGCAUUAUAUACAACAUGCACAGCGAGAUCUGGCUAGAACCAUUAUGGCUGCUGGUUAUUCUGCAAAUGAUGGUAGUUUGCAGUCAAAUAAUGAAUGUUUGUCCUCUGAAUAUGAGAAAGGUGCAGCCCAAGAGGUAAACAUCGGUCCAGUGAGCAAUAGCAAAGCCACUAAUGCUAAAAACACGGACGGAGAAAUGGAGUUAAGUCCCAGUGGCCCUAUAUUAAAAGCCCAGGACCACGCCGAAAUUGUUGAAGCCAAUGCUGCAGAUCCACCCAUGAAGAUUGAAGUAGAACAAGUGGAGGAAGAUGAAUGUGUAGUUGUUUAUAUAGACGAGGUCGAGGAAGGAAAUGUGGCUUAUAUGUCUAACGUUACCAAUAAAGUAGACUCGUCUGAGAGAGAACAAACCGCCGAAGGGGAUUGGCCAUUUCGCAGUGAAGAUUGCAGUGAGGCCUUUGAGAACAAAGAGGAUUACCUGGGGCAUCACAGCGAGCAUAUCCACGAUGGUCCCAUAGUCUGCUUGGACACAGAUUCGCAGUGGGAUGACUUGCUCAUCUCGACCGACGGAGGCCGGAGAACGUUGUUCUGUGCUCUCUGCGGACAGAGCUUUUCAAGCUCGAAAGGCUUUUUCAGCCAUCAACUGAAGCACCGCAAACAAGUCAUUAAACAGGGGAUAGGCGAGGGUGCAGUAAGGCAGAAGCUUUUCAAAUGUAAGGAUUGUGGUAAAGCUUUUUCCACCGUUGGUCAUUGUCUCAACCAUCAGCGUUCACAUAAACAGGCCUCAAAGUCAGUUUUUCAUCAGCUGGCUCAUCUAAAGAAAAAGUCAUUUCAGUGCCCCACCUGUGGACGCUGUUACUCUCGAGCUUCAGCUCUUGACGCACAUCGCCGUUGUCAUGAGGUAAAGCUAGUGAAAUCCAAAAGCUGUGAAAAUGAGAAACCUUUGUCACUUAAUGAAGCUCCAGGUCAAUCUGAAGACAAUGGGACAAGCUCUGAACAGAAUAAGGAGCAUGAGAAAAAGGUUUUUCAAUGCUUCUGUGGCAGAUCUUUUCGCACCAUGUCUGGCCUUGGCACGCACCAGAGAUUCUCAACCAGCUGUUCAGAAGGAAAGGUGAAGGAGGAAAUUAAGCAUCCGUUUGUUUGCUCUGAAUGCGGGAAGACCUUCGGUAGCUCUGUGGCUCUGUUGUGCCAUCAGCGUUGGCAUAAAAGACAGGCACAACUUGUCUCCAAUGGUCAGCCAUAUAAAUGUACUGAGUGCGGCAAGGUCUUCACCUCACUUACGUUCUACAAUAAGCACCAACGAUUGGCGCACAGUGAAGAGCUCCCAGCAAAAUCAUUUCUUCAUCAAGUUAUUCAACUCAAGAAGAAGGCGUUUGAGUGCGAGGAGUGUGGUCGUCGGUUCUCGCGAGCAUCUGCCCUGCAGUCGCAUCAGCUCUGUCAUACUGAUGUCUUCGGUGACAUCAUGGAGAAGAAGUCUGACAUGAGCACCGCCACUCACCCAGUAAAAAUAUAUCAGAAUGACAAUGCUGACAGUGUUGUUUUUCAUUCUCGGGACAUAUCACAUGCUCAAGUUCAAGAGAAGGAUUUUAACUGCAACAACACAGUAGAAGAGCAUGAGGCCGUAGAUGUCGAUUAUGAAGUUGUCCAGAUCACGGCGUCAGAUGAUUAUGAGAACAACAGUGGUCUCUCUCAGGAUCAAAACCCUGAUCUUGAGUUAGUGUGUGAAUCAGACCAUGAGGAAAAAGAUGGCUUGGGCUUCAACUCGAGUCAAACUGAAUGUACCUCCUCCCUGCAGUUUAAUCCAGAAAUCGAUGUCAAAAUCGUACAGAUUGAUUAUCAGCACUUAAAUGAUGAACCAUUAAUAAAUGCAGAACUGAUAAGCAAAAGAAGUCCUCAAGAGGCAAAGUAUAAUUGUCCACAUUGUGAUCGAAAGUUUGUCAAGGCUUUGUCCUUGCGCUGUCACAUACUUUGGCACAAAGGGUGCAUGGGAAAAAAAUCAGAUGGGAGGCAGAAGUUUGACAUGCUGAUGCCAACUAAGAGGACCCUUUUAACAUGUGAGGUUUGUGGCCAUGAAAGUGCCUCCAAAAGUGCUCAUUACUUUCACAUGGGCAAGCAUGAGGAUAAAGUAGCAUAUAAGUCUAUUUCGUACCAACUUGCAAAUCUGCAAAAGAACAAUAUUAAAUGUGAAGACUGUGGCAUGUCUUUUUCCCGACUGUCUGCAUUGCAUUCUCACCAACAACAUCACAACAGAAGAAAAAAACCCUUUGCUUGCUUGGAGUGUGACAGGAGCUAUGCGACUGCAAGUGGUCUGUACAACCACCGGAAGGUUUGUUGUGGCAAUGCCACAGGCGAAAAGACAAAGCAUUUCAACCCAACCAAGUCACUUUUAGGCCCAAAAGUUCAUCAUUGUAAAAAGUGUGGUAAAGGUUUUUGGUCUUUGGGAGCUUUCUGUCAUCACAAGCAAAACCACUUGGAGUGUGCAAAUGUUGAGAUGAGGCCUGCCGGUACGCCAGACUCUGAGAAUGGUCACAUACGACGCAAGAAAAGGGGUCGUAGGGGUGGUUAUAAAAAAGUGAACCCUAUGAGUUCAAAAGAGGAACAUAAAUGUGAGGUGUGUGGCAAAUCAUAUCACAUGCUAGCUUGUUUUCUUAAACACAAGCUUGUCCAUGACGCCCAAGGUGUCCAACCUGCUGUCAAAUCUUUUGACUAUCAAGUCCAGCAGUUGAAAAAGAACUCCUACCAAUGUCCUGACUGCAGAAAAGUUUUCUCCCGUGCCAUGGCCCUCCAGUUUCACAUGAAAAGUCAUGGCUUUGAGACUGGCCUUCCUUUAAUUGACUCUGACUCAUCUGAGCGACCUCAGUGCCCGACAUGCUAUGCUUUUUUUGCAUCUGAGUCAAUACUACAAAAUCAUCAGAAGCACUGUUCAAAACUAGAGGAUAAUGUGGAAUUUCCAGAAGAAUGUAGGAAAGUUGGGAUAGAUGCAUCCUUGCAAAAAGCUGAAGAUGUUUGUGACUCUUCUCAUUCAGCUGAUUCUGAAAGAGAACAGAAAACAUCUUUAGCUUUGGAUUUGAAAUAUAAAUGUCAGGACUGUAGCAGAAGCUUUUCGGUAAUUGGUGCGCUUAAUUUUCACAAGCGAAUUCAUAACAAAGGUCACCAAUCUAAAAAGCUGAAUUCCCACUCGGCAAAACAGUUAAAGCUUGACAAAGUAAAGUCGGAGACGUUUUUGCCAAAAUCGUCUUUUGCUUGUGCUGAAUGCGGAAGAUAUUUUAGCUCCAAUUCGGCUCUAGGCACACAUAGGAGAUGGCACAAAGACAAAAAAUUUGCCCGAUUUCUCUCAAAGACCAAUAAGAUGCACUCAAGGAAAAGUGUGGACUGUGGACCAUAUUUAUGCAAUGUAUGUGGGAAAGGAUUCUUUUACCUUUGUGUUCUUCGCCGGCAUCAGCUACAUCACCCUCCCAUGGAGGCUCAACCCCAAAAAGAGCAUGAAGUUCCUGAAUCAAUUAGUGUUUUUACCUGUCCAGAUUGUCAGAUCUCUUUCUCAAGUGGGUCUCUUCUAACAACUCACUUUGCAGAACAUCACAGCAAGCUUACUGAAACUGAGAAACUACAGUCUGAAAUCCUCCAUACAGAUGAGUUGGUUACACCCAUCAAACAAUCAUACACAUCCAAAACGAAUGUUACUAAACGAGAGAAGACUAAGGUGCGACGCCAUCAGUGCUCCAACUGCAAUAAGAGCUUCUUGAACAUACGUGGCCUUCGUGCACACAAAUGGCAGAAACACCACAAGGUUGGCAAACAACCCACUGCGUCUCUAGAAGAGCGCUUGGCAUAUGAGAAGCCCUUUGCUUCUGAAAGGACCCUUCCUAAAAUGUCGACUAAGAAAGAGCUGAAAACUUCUAUGGAGGAAGAACAUGUACAGCGUAGUCGAAACUUAGAACUCACUCAAUGUUUUUUCAAAUGUGAUAAAUGUGCUAAAGCAUUUCCCAGUGAGGAGCAGUUAAACGCUCACAAAGAGGUGGCGAAGACUCGUCCGCAUUGCUGCGCUCUUUGCUGCCGCGGUUACUGGACUGAACACCAGCUUCAGCAGCAUCUUGCAUGGCACAACGAAGAACGCCAGCGUCUCCCAAACGAACUGCGAUACAGACUGAGUGCUUCCAUGGCACCUGGGCCUUCAGACAACCUGCAAGCUUUAUCGCACAGAUCCGAGUCUAUAGUCAAGCUGCCUGUAGCCCCUGUAAGUCCACAACUCAGUAGCCAUAAAUGUCAACACUGUGGAAAAACAUUCUUGUCACCUCGUGCUUUGCAGCAGCACCAGACUCUUCACAAAAACGCGGAGCCGCACCAUUGUUCUUUGUGUUCACAGACCUUUACUGAUAUCAGAAAUCUUAUUGACCACCAUCAGGAGUGCUUGGGUGAUAAAGAGCUAACAGACAGGUACGCUACUUCCGCAGUAAGAGGUGCUGUUAACCUAACUUGCAUUGAGUGUGGGAUAUUCUUCAAACAGGAAACAGAACUGCAUCAGCAUUAUAUUGAACACGCACAUCUUAUUGUUGUCUCUUUGUCUUGUUUCUCUUUUUUUUUUACCACAAAGUUUCCUAGCACAAAGCUCUACUGGGAAGAUUGCACACGAGUACCUCUGAUCUCUGAUACCAUGUCGGCUUCAAAAUUCUGUGAGCUUACUCAUAAAGUGAAGCUGGCCAGUUCUGGUGGAGCUUGUGCGGGGACGAGUAGCGAUCAGCAGUCUGAAGAAAGGAAUAGAGACCAGCCAGAACAGAGUAAUGAAGCUCACAGUAAUGAGGCACAUAAUUGCACAAACUUAAAGACAGAUCCUUUGUGGAAGGUAAUGCCGUUGAUAAGAAGAGUUCAAGACUGUUGUCGGGCACUGAAGCGACAUGGAAACUAUGGGGUCGACCAGUACCCCCUUCCUUUUCAAAGACACCCAACCCAUUCAUUACUUCACACAGUUGUCCUAAAUGGUGGAGGGUUGGUUGUGGACUUCAUCUUGAGUGUAGAUGACUCCAAUAGAGAAGUUGUAGUUGAGAAAAUGGUCUCUAGAGGUAAGGAUAGAAACGAAGGGAUGGUGUUUCUUUGCAAACCAGAGCUUUCUACACCUUCUAUGCUAGAGCAUCUUUUAGCGGCUGGUGUGCAAAGCGCUGGCAAGGUUGGUGGGGCAAGAGGGCAAAUAGGUGAUGAGUUUGUGAGCUCGGAUGGAAAACUCAAGCUUUUCAGAUGUCAUCAUGGCUUUAUCCUUUCGGCAGUGGUAAAGGAAAAACCUCGUUCAACAUCUCUUGUCAGUGGCUUCGAGCGAGCAAUUAAGGCUGCAAAUCUUAACCGCGACUUGAGAAGUCUUUAUCGCACACCCUGCACAAACUCGGCAGUCAGUGCUUGGCCGCAGUCUGUUCUCUGGGACUUGAUCGAUCUGGUUUUAGUAAAUGCAUGGAUACAGUACAAGCAAGAUUACAGUCAUAUUACAGAUCUGUUAUCACUUAUGGCAUUUCGUUUGGAGGUGGCCAAAGCAUUGAUUCUCUCCAGUGGUGUUGACGCACAAGACUCAUCACCUCCCUGCCCUCCUGCUCCAAAACUACACAGUCCAGAUACAAACUCGAGACCUUCUCAGGUUCUUGAGACCCCUUUGCCUGAUGAACAUACACGGUAUGAUGGCUUUGGGCACUGGCCAGAGCAGCUGGCAGAGGGCGAGGAGGCCAGGAGGUGUCGAUUUGGGGGCUGUGAGAGGACAUCACGUGUGCGGUGUCUUAAAUGCUGUGUGUUCCUGUGCAUUUCUCGAAACCACAACUGCUUCCUAAAGUUUCACAGUCAGGGGUCUUCAUGAGGCAUACAGACUGUGCUCAUUUUAACUUUAACUCAUUUACUUAAAUAAGAUGGUUAAUCAUUAAGUUAUUGCUCAUCGUGACUCAAAACAAAUCCUGAACCAUCCAUAUCUAUUCUUGUCAAGGUUUUGUACUUGUGCAAAUACUCUCAUAAGCCCAUUUGGAUGUAUAAUGAAUGUUAUAUUGUGAUUGUUAUAUUUUCUUUUAAUGUUGAUACUGAAAUGUUAUUGUAUUUUAAACCUAGCAAACAUAAGAACGUAUCCCAUGCAUUGUUUGGUUUCUAUUUCCUAAAAGGAAAAGUUCAUUUUAGAAUGUUAUGUUUGAUUCCAGCUCA